UUCGUCGCCUCCAGCCGUGACCUCAAGCUGCAUCCCCUUGGUCGACCAGAUCUCUCUCUCUGCCGCAGCCACAGGAUGUCGUCCCACUCGCUUGCCUGCCGAAUAUGAGAUCCCUGAUCGCCAAUCGUGCAUCAGCGAGGUUGUACAGCUCGAGUCUGCGCUUCUGCUCACUCCGUCCUCUGCCUCGCCCCCCUCCGUUCCACGACCAUCAUGGCAAAUCAACCUCUGCGGUUGCCAUCUUUUCCACUUCGUCCAGCUUCUGUCGAUUCCCUAGGCGCGGCCCGAAGACACGCGUGCAGCGACAAGUACGCGAUCUGAUCGAGGACCUUGACUCGAAAGCCCCAAAGCCAGUCAAGAAGCAAGCACCCAAGAAGUCCGCGGCCCGCAGGGAAAAUAGACCACAGCAUUCAGGGACCUCGUCGUCGGGAGAUGCCUGGUCCAAGCACGAGGGAAAGCCCUCUCUAGGGCCGGAACUGGCUAAUCUUGUUCCAGACUCGGGAGAGAGCGAACUAGCCUUCAGUGAAGAGAACCUCAGGCUAUCCCCAGAUCUGCCGCUUCCGACGCCUCAGCAAAUUUCCAGCUUGCCAGGAGCUUCCAAAGCACUCUCCAAAGGGGACGCCGAGCAUGCCAACCUCGUGCAGCGAGCCGUCUUUGCAGCCGUCAAAAGUCUCGGUGGAGAAGCAGCCGUACAUCAGAGUAAAGAGACGCUCCUAGACCAGGAAAGGCCAUUUUUUCGGACUGUGAUUACUGUCAACCUCUCAAACCACAAUAUCCUGGUUGCCAAUGGCGAUAGCUACUUACGUGAAGGGGCGACGCGUGCUGCGGCGCUGCAUGCACUGGCUAUGCUAUGUGAUCAGGGCCUGCUGACGCUUCCUGGUUCGUCCAUGAAAACAGCCUUCCCAGGCGAGACGGACCGCCUGCUUGAGGUCUACAACUACGCGGCCCGCUAUCGCUGCAUACCCAGUGUCGAGACUCGGGAGUGCCAAGGUUUUUACAGUAUCACCAUCCAAAUGCCGGAACAUGGGAUCAACGUGGCAAUACACAACGUGCCUGCUGUAGCAUAUGCUGAGGCGGCUGCGGCCUCCGAGUUCAAGAGACAGGCUAAGCUCUACCAUCUCAGCCAGGGCACUGACAGGAUCGUCUCGAGGGACCGAUAUGCCCUGAGUACCCGCAACUGCAAUGACUUCUUUGCGUUCUGUCGUGACUCGGGCGAAACCUCGGGCAACCUCGGCGUGGCGAUAAAAAAGAUCAGGGGCCUCUACGUGGGCGUGCCAAAAUUCGAAGACCUUGGCCCCUUCUGGCCCUCCCCCGGGGUCAAGCCCGAGGUCAGAACAGGGAGCGAACUCCAUACAAAAUCGGCUGCGACUCUUGUUGCGGCACUGACGGUUUCCAACAUGCAACCGCGCCUAUUCGACGAAUUCAGGCACGCUUUGCGUGCAGGCCAUGGCAGGUACCUUGAAAAGCUCAGCCCCAAGGACAUGAUCUUGGAACCUGGAGUCAUCAAGGAAUUGGAUUUGAUACAAAAUCUGGAAUGGCCACGCCGGUCAAAUCCAAGCGGCAGUCAAGUCGCUCGGCCCCACGACGAAGACUCACGGGGAACCACAAAUAAGCAUGCUCAGACCCCAGAGCAGCUGGCGAAAAAAUCAUCUCGCCUGAAGGAGGCGAUGGAUGAUUACAGGGCGCGAGGCGACCUGGCAGAUCUGCGCCAGGCACGUUCCGAACUUCCGAUGACCCAGUAUGCUCCUCAGGUGAGGCAGAUUGUGCGUGACAAUGUCUACUGCAUCAUCAUUGGGGCGACUGGAAGCGGCAAAACGACCCAGGUUCCUCAGAUCCUCCUGGACGAGGCUAUCGAGAAUGGACAUGGCGCCUCUUGCAACGUCAUCUGCACACAGCCUCGCCGCAUCGCGGCAACGUCUGUGGCCCGAAGGGUGGCGGUCGAGCGAGCCGAAAACCUGCAGGAAUCCGUCGGGUACCAGGUUCGGGCCGACGCAAUGCCCCCGGCCCCCGGUGGCAGCAUAUUGUACUGCACAACUGGCGUCCUGCUCCGGCGGCUUAUGCAUGCCCCAGACGACGUUUUGGACCAUGUGUCCCACCUGGUCAUUGACGAGGUGCAUGACAGAGACAUCAUCCUCGACUUCCUCUUAACCACGCUCAAAAGCAUCAUGGCCGCCCGUGCCGCACAGGGGAAAAAGCUGCCCCGUGUUGUCUUUAUGAGUGCAACAAUAGAAGCGGAGCAGUUCGCCGCGUAUUUUGGAAACAGCCUGCCAUCCGAGAAGCCAAAUGACUGCCCAACGCUAAGUGUGCCAGGGAGGACCUUCCCAGUUCAAGAGUACUAUCUGGACGAUGUGCUUAAGCGAAUGAAGAGCCGACAUGGCAGGAACAACCUCAGACUUUUGCGCACGGACAAAGACACCAUUGAAUAUCUCCUCGCUGAGAGUCUCGGCAUUAGCAAUACGGCCUCGUACGCAGGCACCUUCAACGAGUCUUCGGUUGACCGGAAGAACGAAGUCACCGUAUCAGGAGUUGAAAGCUCCGUCGACACAGACAACGCGGAUGACGCGUUAGUACCGCUCGGCCUCGUAGCCACAACAGUCGCUCAUAUUGCCAGGACCUCCAAGAGCGGCGCGAUCCUCGUCUUCGUCCCUGGCCUCAACGAAAUAUUAGGCAUGGACAAGCUGCUGCGCUUCACAUCCCCCCUUGGUGUCAGAUUUAACGACGCCAAGCGGUUCCAGAUCAUAAUGCUGCACUCUACCCUACAGGGCAGUCAGAAGUCAGUGUUCGACCGGGUUCCGCAAGGCUGUAGGAAGAUUAUCCUAAGCACGAACAUUGCCGAAACGUCUGUGACGAUCCCAGAUGUGCGCUUCGUGGUCGACACCGGCAAGAUCCGAGAGAAUCACUACGACCAGACGCGGCGUAUCACACACCUCCAGACCAAAUGGAUAACCAAGUCCAACGCCAAACAGCGAGCGGGACGAGCCGGGCGUGUACAGGACGGAGAGUACUACGCAUUGUACACCAAGCCUCGGCGGGAGUCCAUGAGGGCAGUCCCGCUGCCGGCACUGUUGCGCACAGACUUGCAAGAGAUUUGUCUGGAUAUCAAGUCGCAAGCCUUGAAAGUGCCGGUCGCCGACUUCCUCGCCGGAGCCAUAGAGCCGCCACCACCAUCCGCUGUCGACAUCGCACUGCAGAAUCUCAUGUCUCUGGGCGCUAUGACUGACGAGGAAGAGCUGACGCCGCUGGGACGUGUGCUCGCGUCAUUGCCCGUCCACCCGACGCUGGGGAAGAUGAUUGUGCUAGGAAUCAUCUUCAAAUGUUUGGAUCCGAUGAUAAUCCUUGGCGCGGCGGCCCGUGAUCGCCCAAUUUUCCAGGGUGACCUGAACCUAAGGCGGGAAGUCGACUCCAAAAAGAGGGAGUGGGCGGGCAACUCCGGCAGUGAUCACGCGGUGAUUCUGGAAGCAUUCACGAGGGCGCGAAGCUUCGAAGCUCGCCCUCCAGAGAAAACAUGGGGGAACACAUCUGAUGACUUCUUCCGGGACAAUUUCGUCAGCCGCAUGGCUUUCAAGAGCAUUGAGUUGACAUCGCGCGAGAUUGUGACCAUUCUGGCCGAGGCCGGGCUCAUCCACGUCGAGACUUCCGAAUCGUCGCUCCAGUACGGUGGUCCGAAGCUGAACGAGAACUCGCACUCCCAGCCGCUCAUCAAGGCCCUGCUGGUCUCUGCGCUAUACCCCAACCUCGCCGUGCCCACCGACACGGUCUUCCGCACAGCCUCCGAGAAGGGCGCCACGGUCCACCCGGGGUCGGUCAACAGGUCUGCCCAACCGGGCUCGACGCUCUUCACCUUCAACGACCUCUCGCUCUCCACCGACGGCGACACCAUGUACAUGCGGGAGACGUCGGCCGUCUCGCCGCUGGCGGCCAUGCUCUUCGGCGGCCCCCUCACCCAGUACGGCGCCGUGCUCGAGAUGGACGGCUGGCUGCCCAUGUCCGUCAGGGACACUGGCCUGCCCGACCCGCGCCUCGCGGACAAGGUCGUGGCCCUGCGCCGCCUGCUCGACCGGAUGCUGGCGUCCGCGUUUGACGACCUCGCCUCGCACGCGCCCCUGGCCGGCGGCUGGGGCAGGGAGGACGGCAUGCGCGGGGAGCUGGCGGCCAGGCUGGCUCUGGUCCUGGGCGCGGACAGGGCCACGCUGGGGAAGCUGAAGUUUGAUGAGGCCACCCAGAAGAAGAAGAAGACGGCGACGAAGAAACAGACGGUGACGAAGAAGCAGACAGCGAGGGGGGAGGAGACGGACGCCCCGAGCGAGUACCCCAACCCGGACAGGAAGCAGGGCAGGACGAGUAGGAAGAGCAAGGCGGCGCGGCGCAGGAACGCCAAGGGCGCCGAGAAGGUCCGGGAUGAGCUGGCGAUGACGCUCCGCAGGCUCGGGGCGGCGCCCCGCGGUGUGCCGCCGGCUGUGAGCUCGACCUCCGGGGGCGGGGCUCCGGCGGGCAACCUCGCGGUGCGGGAGGCGGUGCGGCAGCGGCUUGAUGCGUGGGAUCCUUGGCUGUGAUCCGGCCAGACACCGUAUCAAGGGGCCAUGCACAUUUUGUCCUCAGACGUUUGCGGAAUAGGAGCGAGACCAGAUACUUCGGCCGAGUAGGCUGCUGGGUCUGAAGGGACCACGCCACCUGGCCCGGCCCUGCUCUUGUGGUCGAGGCUCUGCAGCCCUUCGAAGGGGGGUGGCGUUGGCGAGCACCGACGCGGGCCCGCCGUCGUGGGCGGGUUCAGGUACAUUUGGGGCGUUGGUGUGCUUCAUCAAACGCACCCGUAUGUUGUACCAUUCACGUCAAGUACUUCAUGUGAGCAUCUUCUCUGGGCAUGUGCAUUGAGUGCAUGGCUUUCCCGUGGUUAUAGACAUCCAUAAUUUUCAAAAGUAAACACAUUUCACACUUACUUUGCUGUAA